AACUAAACCACCUAAGGUGCAUCUGCAACGAAGAAACUCUUGUUCUGUCUUCAGAAGAUUAAGAUGGGAUCAAAGAAGUUAGCGAUGUUGGUUAUCUUUGCGGUUUUUGCUUUAUUAAAUCUCCUCUACAUGGAAUCUCCGACAUGUACUCUCUCCGACGAUAAACCACCGUUCAAACCAAACGUUCCUCUUCCCGGAACCACUGUCCCUAUGAGGACCAGUAGUAGCAACGUCUCUGUUGUGACCUCAGAUCUACAAGAAAAAGAGGAGACAGAUCCGUUGUUACCUCCUCCCAAAGCUACCAAGAGCGAGAGAAUCAUCUGGUUCAGGAGGAAGCUACCUGAGCUGGAGAUACUCAAGUCAACAACCAAGAGCAAGAGGUUCCACGGAAGAGUGUUGGAGCUGUACAACAACAACUGCUCAGCUCAGUUCUUUAUGGUCUGGCUAUCUCCAGCAAAGUCCUUUGGACCAAGAGAGAUGUUAGCCGUUGAUACCCUCUUCACCACUAACCCUAAUGCUUGCUUGGUGAUCUUAUCCAACUCCUUAGACUCACCAAGAGGAUACACCAUCCUUAAGCCCUUCCUUGACCAAGGCUUCAACCUCGUUGCUGUGACAUUAGACAUCCUGUUCCUAGUCAAGAACACUCCAGCAGAAGCUUGGUUGAAAAAGCUAAAGAGUGGUAAGAUGGAUCCUGGCUCCAUCCCUUUGUUCAUGCACCUCUCAGACCUAACAAGACUCGCCGUGCUCUACAAGUACGGAGGGAUCUACCUAGACACAGACAUCAUCUUCCUCAACUCCGUGACUGGACUGAGAAACGCAAUAGGUGCACAGAGUUUGGAUCCAGAAACCAAAAGAUGGACAAGACUAAACAACGCGGUGAUGGUGUUUGACAUCUACCAUCCCCUCAUGCAUGAGUUCUUGCAAGAAUACUCCACAACUUUUGACGGAAACAGAUGGGGAUACAACAGUCCUUACCUAGUCUCUAGAGUUAUACAGAGGCUAGGACACAAACCUGAGUACAACCUAACAAUCUUUCCACCGAAUGCUUUUUAUCCAGUGAACUGGCUUAAGAUCCUAAGGCUGUUCAAGAAACCCACAACGACAGGAGAAGUAAAAUGGGUAGAGAAGACGGUACAGGACAUGACAAAAGGGAGUUACAUGAUACAUCUGUGGAAUAAGGUCACAAGGAAGAUGAAGAUUGAAGAAGGAAGCGUUAUGCAUAAACUCAUCUCCACACACUGCACAGUCUGCGGAAACAUUACAGACUCUCACACUUGAAAGAUUCAAGCAGAUAGACAAAGAUUCAUUCUUAUGUAAUUAACUAGAGAUUCUCGUUAGUGUGAUUAUUAUUUUUUUUUAGUUCUCAAUCACUCAUAUUACCGAAACAUUAUCAAUGAAAACAAGAAAGCAGAUGUUUCAUAGAAAGAGAUGUUUAACAAGAAGAAAGAGUAGCAUCUUCUAAUCAAAUAGAAUUACAGCGAGAAGAAGUGAAAGAAAGAAAGACUCUAGUUGGAGAAGAGGGACUCGUCAAUGUCGAUUUUGAUCUUCUCAUCGUUCUCAAACUUAUCCUUCCUCGGUGGUGCAGGAGGGACUGGUACU